CCACGGACAAGUGUCCUUAUGCUUUUUACCAUCAGACUUCACAACAGAAACAACAUACAACAAUGUGGGCAGCACUUCUGAAGCGAGGUUCCACGGGCCAAAAUAGUAGUCUUCUAGCGUCCCUACAGCUGCAAGGAAGAGCCAUGCAGCCUGCUCUCGAUAUCAAACAUUUCCUUCCAUUUCGUCUGAACAGCCCCUCUCCUGUUGGACUCUUCCCCAACUUCAACACAAUGGAUCCAGUGCAGAAGGCUGUAAUAAACCACACGUUUGGUGUAACGCUGCCACCGAAAAAGAAGCACGUGAUCUCUUGCAACGUCUGCCAUCUAAGGUUCAACUCCGAGAACCAGGCGGAAGCUCACUACAAGGGUCACAAACAUGCUCGGAAGCUCAAAGCACUUGAGGCGCUGAAAAAUAAGCAGAAAGCCGCAGCAGCCAAGGAGGACAACGUAACGCAGUCCGUUCCCAACCUUGACGAUACCAUGAGCAACCCAGAGAAAACAGAGGAUUAUCCUACAGCAACAGCCGUGGAGAAGACUGAUGAUUCUACCUCAUUGGUCCACACAUCCAGUGUGUUUAUGAUGGAACCUGCUGGGUCCAGGGCAUCAGCCACAACCUCUUGUUCCGAAGCAACUAAUGGCAGGUCAGAGAAUGGCCUUGAGACCUUGCACGAGCACGCUGUGGAGAUCAUUAGAAGUGAGGGCACCAACAGUGUCAGCUCGGCCCCUGAGAAUGAGAAAGAGGGCGAGAAAAUGAAACAGCAUCUGUACUGCGCAGCUUGCAAAGUGACCGUAAACUCCAUAUCACAACUCGAGGCACACAACAAUGGGUCAAAGCAUAAAUCAGUGCUGCAGGGUCAGAACAGUCACAACAGAAGGAGCAGACUGCGACUGUUCCCAAGGACAUUGUACAGAACCAAACGCAUUGGUAACAAAGGGAGCAUUGGCAUCCAGAGCAAGGCUUUCCACUGUAACAUCUGCGAAAUCUAUGUCAACUCUGAAACUCAACUUAAGCAGCAUAUGACCAGCAGAAGACAUAAGGAGAGGCUUACAGGAAAGCCAUCGAAGCCCAAAUACAGUCCUUAUGCCAAGCUCCAGCAGACUGCAGUGCUGGCGACAAAGAUGGCUUUUCAGAAGCACCUCACAAAACCAAUAGCAACUGGUUUCUUACCAAAUCCUCUAACAGCAGCCGCUGUCUGCGCAAUGCCAAAUCUCACUCUUCGACCGACCACACUCUUCCAGACUCCAUUUCUCGGACCAGCCUUCUUCAGAGCCACUCCAGGCCCUCUGAGGGCAACACAUACACCAUUUCUUUUUGCGCCGUAUUGACUUCAGGGUUUAAAACAUUACAGACAUUUUGGAAAAUAAAAGGGAACUAUGCAGUCAUAAAUGUGAACAUUAUAAGUUAUGCAUGGCAGAUUCCUGCCUUUUGCUUUAACAUCUAGAAUCAGCAGUUUUAUACUGCAAAUAUAUUUAGAUGAACAUCAUAUACAGAAAAUAUGGUUUCAGUAACAAAGACUAUUACAGAGCUGAUGUAGAUGUGUGUAGAGUUCUGGUAGAACCACGGGUUACCAGUCUUUUUUGCACAAUAUUUUUGUGAGUUCUUUAAAAUAUCAGUCAUUAGCAAAGGUAUUCUGUGCGAGGGCGUUUUUUUUUAAUAUAUUGGAAAAGAAAUAAAAAUCUGAAAAAAAGAAACUCUCUGAAACCAAAAUGGUUGAUGAAAGAUCAGCAGCACCAGGCUUGCUGCAGUCCAAGGAUAGAAAUAUGAAUUCAUAGCACAAGCAUGGCCCCAAUUCAAUAACCCUACUUUGGGUCAAUAAUAUUGUGGAUAUGAAAUGUCAACCCCACUGCAGCUAAGAGUACUUUCUUGAUUGAGAUUUCAGGGGUAACCUGAUGGCAAUACCAAGAGGUCUAGUAGUAUAGUGUCUCUUUCUCUUAUGGACCUUCAUCCAUCAGUAAUGAUCAUACAUCAUCCUUGGAACUACAGAAAUAUCAAGGCCAUCGGUACAGGCUGGAAGUGGAAGGCACGGAAUAUUAUCUGAAAUAUUUCAGGGGAUUAAUGUAUUAUUGGAAAAAUGAGCACACUCUCCAUGUGUACUGUGUUUGUGAUGCCUGCCCUCACAGACAUGACAAGAAAAUAAUGGUGAAAGGUGACAUUAAAUCUGUU